UUUCUUCUCUUCUCCCUCCUCCUCCCUUUCUUCUCUUCUCCCGAUCCCUCUUUUCUUUCCCCCUUUCUUCUCCCGCGAAGGGAGGAAGGUGAUCUCCGGAGGGGCCGAGCCCCGGCGGCCGAGCCCAUGGCGUCCCCGGCCGAGCUCGCGGUCGGAGCCGACGGCUCCCUCGUUCCCACUGCGGUGGGGGAAAGAAACCCACCAGCGCGGCCCACGGCUGCGGCCGAACUCGCCGCGACCAAGGAAGGUGGCGGCCGAGCUCACCGUGCCCGAGGGAGGGGAGGAAGGGCCUCCGGGCGUCGACGGCUGCGACCACGACAGCGGCCUCCGGCUUGAGCGGUGGUCACAGUUUUAUCGGCAAGCGGCCGGGCACCUGUCUUUCCUUCCGCCCGGCAGCUGGAUCACCGUUCUCCCUCCCAAGCUGGCAUCCCAGGCCCAUCUGGCACAUACGUGGAGAACCAAAAUAAAUCGUCCCACAAGGUACGGCACUCCUUGACGGUUUUGAUUGGUGUAUCCAUAAAAGGAUUUGGAUCUCCAAACGAUCUCUGUUUACCCCCAAGAAUCCGGUUUGCCAACUGCCACCUUCCAUAUACUUGGAGACUUAUCAAAAGCUAGGAGGAGUCGGAGAUUCGACUCCGUGUCCGCUUAUUCCCCGAAAUCGACGCCUUCGGAGAUCAGAACUCUUUUUGACCUCUCCACUGCCAGAGUUUCUUAGCUCGAGCUUCUGCUACCUCGUCAAGGAAGAACCAGAAACAAAAGGAUUAUUCUCCUCUGGUUUUUUUUUCGUUUCUAUCCUGUUCUCGGAGUGAGAGCGAGAACGUUCCCAGGGAGCUUUCUGGCUUGAGAACGUUAUAAAGUUUUCUCUUUCUCCAUCCGUGCUGCCAUCAUUGAGCUACGUGAAGAUCUUCUUCUAGUUUGUUUAAUUGUCCUCUAACACCAGAUCACUUGGUUUCCUGUCAUGAUUUUGGAGUGGAAGAUUAUAAAGGUCGUACCUAAGAGCUAUCUUGUGACUGCAAGAAGAGACCACCGGUGGAGAAGUUGCAACUGAGAUGGGUGACGGAAGUGAUUUUGAAAAGCUGACAGUAAAAGCGCUGCUGCGGAGGAAAUUAAAGUAUCGAAAGAUUAAAGAUCGCGAUGGAGAUGUGGCGUGUGAUGCUCUAUCUUCAGGCCGGAGUUUAGCAGCCUUAAAUAGUCAGGUGAAAGCUCGGAGUGACACUGAAGAAGGUGGAAUUAUUGGAAGCCCAGAGGCUGAUGCUGCAUCGAAACAACAGUCUAGUGAUGGAUUUCCUCCAAGCACUAAAGAGAGUGUUGCAGAUCAUAAAGCAGUCUCUCAUAAUCUCGGAAAAAGGAAACAUAUGGAUGAUGAUGCCGCUUGCAGGCUUUGUGGGAAAAACUUUCCAUCGAUGAAGGCAUUGUAUGGUCAUAUGAGAAGUCAUGAGAGAAACUGGAGAGGAUUGACUCCGCCACCUGAAGUGCACACGCUGGUGCCAAUACCAGCUGCUGAUUUCAAAAGCUCCAAUAUAUUUUUGCCACCAUUGAAGUCGUCCGUGAUCGCAAAGAGACAUAGGAAAGCCAAAGCAGCUGCCAAUCCCAGGACGGAAGAAGAGUUGGAGGAUCCAUUGAUCAAUGCUGCCAAGAAUCUUAUGUUUUUGGCCAAUGGGGGUUUCUCUCUGGAUUCAACCCCAGCAAGGCAGCAACAAAAUAGGAACUCUGUACCAUAUAAUUCAAAACCGAUGAGCAAUGAGGACGAUCUGAAAAUCAGCACUACUGCACAAAUGGAUGCAGAUACGACUGGAAAGAGCUCGAACCAAAACAUUAAUAAUUCGGUGAUCGACUGCAAUGGAACAGUAGACAUGUCAAGCGGGAAGCCAACGAAGAAGAAAGAUGAUUUGGAAAUAGUGACCGAGUUGGCCGGAGACCAGAAGCAGUAUUUGUGCACCGCCUGCAACAAGUCAUUCUCCACUCACCAAGCACUCGGGGGUCAUACAGCCAGCCACAACAAAGGCAAGAGCAAUGCAGGAGUUGAGGAAGCAAAGCUAGCACAAGCUGAAGGUAAUUUGAUUGGCCAAAGUGGUGGUUCGGCCAUGAAAGUCUCCGAGCAUCGGUGCAAGAUCUGCAGCCUGGUAUUCCCAACGGGGCAGGCUCUUGGUGGGCACAUGCGGAAGCAUUGGACGGGUCCCGAGAAUGUUGCUGCACCCUCGUCAUCAGAGAAUGGUAAAAAAGCAAACCAAACUUCCUCAUCGUCAGAGAAUGCUACAAAAGCAACCCAACCCUCCUCACCAUCGGAGAAUGCUCCAAAAGCAGAACAUCGUUAUCUAGAUAUCGAUAUCAAUGAGCCUGCACCGCCCGAAGACGCCCGAUAGCUCGCAGGACGUGGGCUUGGAGGAAAGAUGGAAGUGUGCAUUGCGGUUUCAAGUUACAAAUAAGUCAAAAAAAAAAAAAAAAAUCUGUGAUUGAAUUAUUCAGAAUUAGACUGUUAGACAAUAAGAGAGGACUGAAGCUUGUUUUGGAUUACUAAAUUUUGUUGGUUUCUCUUCCAUGGUCCUGGUUUCUUUCUUUAGUUGUGACGAUUUUUUAUGUCCCUAAGGAUGGUGGAAAGGUCAAUUGAAGCCUUCUCCUUCUAUCUACCUUUGAUUUAUGCAA